CUUUUGAGGUCAAAUUUUGCAUGUGGUUUGUUUAUAGCACAUGGAGUCUUUGUUUUAUAUUGUCAAGUGCAAAGUUCUGAUUGGUGCAUUUCGAUCCUUUGCACUUGAAUAACGGCAAUUAAAAUCCGGCGCGCUUUAUGCUUUUCCUUAUUCUCCAAGAAAUUUAUCUUCGUGAAUACUACGUAUACUGUAUUUUCAAUCAUGUCUGGUCGCGGUAAAGGAAAGGCAAAGGGCACAAAGUCCAAGAGCCGCUCAUCCCGAGCAGGGCUUCAGUUCCCAGUUGGUCGUAUCCACCGUCUUCUCCGCAAAGGCAACUAUGCUGAGCGUGUUGGCGCCGGUGCUCCAGUGUACUUGGCUGCCGUGCUCGAGUAUUUGAGCGCCGAGAUCCUGGAGUUGGCGGGCAACGCUGCUCGUGACAACAAGAAGACAAGAAUCAUCCCCCGUCACCUUCAGCUGGCUGUCCGUAAUGACGAGGAGUUGAACAAACUGCUCGCCGGUGUCACCAUCGCACAGGGAGGUGUUCUUCCCAACAUCCAGGCUGUACUUCUGCCUAAGAAGACCGAGAAGAAAGCCAAAGCUUGAAUAAGCUUUGACUCACAAACAAACGGUUCCUUUAGGAGCCACCAAAUGUUAGAAAAGUCACAAUCAACAAAAAUAUUUCUUCCACUUUUAAGUUUAUU